AUGCCUCGUAAGAAAAAGUUAAGCUUAAACUUAUAUCUAUUAGUUUAUAUAAGAGUUAAGGUCUAUAAAGAUACUAGCCUAGUUUAUAAAGAUAUUAGCCUAAUAUUAGUUUAUAAUAUAUUUAUAAGGGCUAAUAAGUAUAGUUACCUUCUUUAA